AUGUAUUUUCCAAAGCCCAUUCUUUUUCUUCUGCUGUUGGUGCUGUGUGUGUGGGGAAAGUGCAUCUUUGAUGAGGUGCAAAGUUCGAUCCAGGUGCUGUCUCCACCAGACAAUCAACCACGCUCAUCUGAUUGGGCCUUCAUAGAAGAUGAUGUGAAGAGUGAGGUUUCUGUCAAUGAACAAGAAGAUUGGCUAACUCAUGUCCAGAUCCAGAACCAUCAGAAUGUCAUAUCACAAUAUUCUCCACCUCAAAGAUCUAAAAGGAUGGCUAGGGUUAGGAUUAAAGUCACUGAUAACCCACAGCCAAUUAGGAUUAAGACAUGGAUUCCUAGAGAGAGCCCCAUCCUCUCACAGUGGGAAACGGAGAGACUAGAAGCAGCUGUCAGAGAUGCAAUCAGCACGGUGUCCAAAUUACUCUCAGUAUGGAGGGCCAACAAGAAGCUGCUGCUGAACAGAGAUAUCAAUAAGUACUGCCGCUUCAUCUGGAGGAACAGCAGCUCUGCCAACUUCAACAAGUGUGGCAAAGCCAGUGAUAACUACCAGACUGAGAGUUGUCUAGGUGUGACUAUCCCAGAUGACCACCUGAGUGGCUGUGUUGUUUACCCUCAUCCUGAACAGCCAGACCGGAAGGUGAUAAAACCAGAUGGGACUGGACUUCCUGACACGGAUGUCCUACUUUACGUGAAAGCUGAAAGCACUGAUAAAUGCAGAGCUGAUGUAAGCAGUGGUAGUGUUUUAUAUUGGACUAAGGCCAAGAUAAUCUUUCUUUGUUUAAUGAUUAAGGUGUAUUUUACUAGUAUAAAAGUAUCUAGCAUGCUGGCCUAUUCAGCUCAUUGUCAGAGCGACUCAGAGGGGCGACCAGUGGCUGGCGUUAUGGUCAUCUGCAGGGAGCCACUCAGUAUUGAGGGAUUCAGCCAUGAACACAUGGUGCAGACUGUGAUCCAUGAGUUGUUGCAUGUGCUGGGUUUCAGUAAAGAACUCUUCAGCAAGUGGACAGACCGUUCCCUCUCCUCCCAGAUGGGCAUGGACUCCUCCUCUCAUGGUCAGGUGAUUUACACUGAUGAGUCUGGACAGAUGAGGCUCUACACUCCUAAUGUGAAUAAGGCUCUACACACACACCUCAACACCACACAUAACCUGGGAGCUCCACUAGAAAAUCAGGAUGCUGAUUCUCAUGGUUUCUCCUCACAUUGGGAGGCUCGAGUUCUGCAGGGGUCCAUUAUGACAGCAAUGUUGGCAGAACCGGCUCUGGUCCGGAUUGACGUGAUCACUCUCUCGGCCCUCCAGGACACCGGCUGGUACUCAGUAAACCUCAGCCAAGCCCAGAACUUGCUUUGGGGAGAGACUUUUGCUCUCAGUGGAUUUGGUUGCCAUUAUCUUCACCUCCACAAGGCGGUGUGCCAGAGUGAUAAGUAUCUGGAGGGCUGUCGAAUUUACAAACCUUUAGCCAAUGGUGUAAGUCUUCUACACCUCUUUGUCUUUGUUACCAUUUUUAAAGCUGUGUUUACUUUUACACUUGACUCCUGCUCUGAAGAGAAUGAGACAGGGAGUGGACCAGAGAUGUGGAGUGGAGAAAUUUUUCACUCAGACAGCCGUUGUUUUCUCUCAAACAUUAUCAGAGAGGAUCAUUUCUCCUUCAACGCCUCUGUAUCAGGCCGCUGUUACAGGCACAGGUGCACUGGAAAGAACAGGUACCAGAUCCAGGUGAUGGGUUCUGAUUGGCUGGACUGCCCUCCUGGGAGGAGCAUCAAGGUAUUUUCAAAGUCUUAUCAGAAUAUGAAACUUUUUUUUUCAAGUGCAAUGAUUAAUUUUCAGAGCUGAUCUUCACAGAACAGGUCAGCCAAAAUGAUAAUGUGUCUAGCUAUAAAGUUAACACAGCCCUGGUAUCUGUCAUACAUAGAAAGUCUUGUUAACAUUUUUAGGCAAAUUCCUAAAAACUUGUUUUGUCCCUUGUUGACGAUGAUGUCUGUGACAUUUGUACAUUCAUUUGCAUGUUCUUUUAUUUCUUAAGGUGUUUGGAUAUCGGGGUGCCGUUUUCUGCCCUGGCAAACAAUUAUGUUAUCACCAUGAUAUAGCUCCUCCCACUUCACUUCACAAGCCCCUCCCCUCAUUUCUGCUUCUCACUGCACCCCCAUCCAGGUCAGUAUUGUGCAACACAUAAAAGCAGUUCUUUUAUAAGUCCUAAAUUUAUGUUCUCUACAUACAUCUAUAUAAACCGUCAUCAUUUAUCAUCUGUAGGGAUCAAUCUUUGACACAAAGACCCAUAACUGGCCUGAAGUUUGACUCUGCGCUUCCCUUCUCAGAGAUAAGUAUAAUGACAGUAGUGGGUGUCAGUGCUAUGCUCUUUUUCUUGAGCUGCCUAGUGAUAAUUUGCAGGAAGUGCUGCCCAUCCAGGCUCCGAGUACACGCUCUCAUACAGUUGCCUUAUACACUGCAGGUGUAGCCCAUUGCCUCUGAAAGUUCUGCUGUAUACACACAGUAUUUGCACAGCUGUUAAUAGACUUUUGUCUGACAUCGUGUUUUUUUUUCUGUUAGAAAUAUUGCAGAAUGGCAGAUUUAAUUUAGCUAUAUUGACGUUUUUGGGAACAUUUUUGAAAUUUUUUAAGAAUCACAAAUCUUUUUAUUCACUGCCUUCCAACACCAAAUCAUACAAUGGGUGAGGUACAAUGCUUGGUAUACUGUAUAUCCCCACCACCAACGUUGACAUGAAACUUACACCAAUAGUGUUAACUUACUUAACCUUUGCAUUUCUCUAUCCAUUUCAUUGUUGAGCUCUUUGUGAAGAUGAGACAGAGAUGUUCCCAGAGUCUCCCUACUGAGAUCAGACUUAAUACUGAUCUCAGUCCAGUUUUUGGUGUGUGGAGGGCUGCACAUGGAGAAGUAAAUCUACAGUAGAGCAGGAGAGAGGAGAAAUCCCUCAGCAUUGUAGUGUUCUAUAAAUAAAUUCAUUUAAUAAAAUAAAGAAUACUGACCUGAAUAUUUUGGAGAUUUUUCAGCAUUUGAAUGCUGGUCCAACUGUAAAUCUUUCCUCUUUAGCAUAGUGAUUUCCUGCUCCAGCUCUUUAAUGAGUCCUUCAGCCUGCCUCUCUGCUGCUUUCUGCUUCUCCUCCAUCACCUUGAGCAGCUC